AUGGCUCCCAAGAAGAAGAUUCAUCUCAACUUCUUCGAGAUGGCGUGCAACAGCGCGCACAUGGGUCUGGGAAUGUGGAAGAAUCCAGGCGAUAUGCAGCCGCAGAAGGACACGCUUGAAUACUACAUGUGGCUCGCGCGACUGGCCGAGAAGGGCAAGAUCACAGGCAUCUUCUUCGCAGACGUGUACGGGGUCGACGACGCAUUCCCCGGGCAGAUGGAGGCGCAGUUCAAAGCCGGAGGAAACUGUGCUCAACUGGAUCCGCUGGUUCUGGUCUCAGCCAUGGCGGCCGUAACCAAAUCCGUGUGCUUUGGCAUCACCGGGAGCACAUCCUACAUCAAUCCAUUUGUUCUCGCUCGGACGUACUCUACUUUGGACCAUGUGACCAAGGGGAGGAUCGCGUGGAACGUGGUGACCAGCUACUCGACAUCGUCUGCGAAGGCGAAUGGCCUGGACGACAUCACUCCGCAUGACAAGAGAUAUGAGAAAGCACACGAAUACAUGGAUCUUUGCUAUGCGCUCUGGGAGGGAUCGUGGGAGGACGGAGCCAAAGUGUUCAACCCAGAUACAGGGAUAGCAUACGACCCCGAGAAGGUCCACAAGAUCAACUUCAUCGGGAACCACCACAAGACGUCGGCCUACAGCGCGGCACACCCAUCUCCGCAACGGACACCCGUCAUCUUCCAAGCCGGGCAGUCGACCGCGGGCAAGGCGUUUGCUGCCCUGAACGCCGAAGCCAUCUUCGUCGGCGGAGGCAAGGCCGCAGACACGGCGCCGUACGUCAAGGAAAUCCGCGCCGCCGCGGCCGCCAACGGCCGAGACCCCAAUCACAUCAAGGUGUUCCCGCAGAUCGCCCCCAUCAUCGGCCGGACCAUGGAGGAGGCCCAGGCCAAGUACGAGCGGUACAAGGCCCUCGCCGACUGGCGCGGAGGAUUGGCCAAGUUGAGCCAGUACCUCAACGUCGACCUGUCGCAGUACCCGCCGGAUGAGCCGUUUGACGUCGACUCGGUCGGCCAUUCCGACAGUUCCAUCCACGCCCUGGUCAACAUGCUCAAGCGGUUCCGAGGCAUGACUGUGACGCCGCGAUUCCUCGGCGAGAAAAUGGCUUUCUGUGGCUUCGGUGCCAUGCCGGUGGGCGAUCCCGAGACCGUGGCUGAUGUGUUCGAGGACUGGGUCAACAACGCCGACGUCGACGGGUUCAACGUGGCUUACGUCUCCAACCCCGAGUCGUAUGAGGAUCUCGUCGAGCUGCUCGUGCCCGUGCUACAGAGGCGUGGUCUCAUGUGGGACGAUUACACCGUGCCCGGAGGCUCAUACAGAGAGAACCUGCUCGGCACGCCGGGCCAUCCAACUGUCCCCAAAGGUCACCCUGCGUACAACUUCCGCUACGACAUCUUGAAGGAGAAGUAUGGCGACGAAAACGGUGAUAUCACGAUCGACCGCCGCGCCGUUGCCCCUGUCGAGGAGCCGCAGGAGCCACAAAAGUCCGAUGGCCAGAAGACAAUGCCGAUUGUAGAGACGGCAGCUGUCAAGCCGGUGAUCAAUGGUGGACACCCCCCUGCACCAGUUGAGGCUGCUGCUUAG